CCAUAAACACUUUUCGGCAAUAUAUAUUUUAAUAGGAGUAAGCUGUUAAAACAUUAUGAUCAGAGGACCAGAAAUAUACACCAAUAUAUUUAUGGUAUCCAAUUGAAAAUACUCCACCUCUUGUGGCUAUCUAUACCCAAGAGGCAAGAACGGCUCCCGCAAAAUCUCCCGCUCCCGCCUCGUAGCUCUCUCUUCCUCCCCCCUGCGUCCCUAGCCAUGGAGAUUUCAGCUGCAUUCUUGGGCGUUGGCCAAGUCUCCACGCCUUUAACGCCUUCGUCUUUCCUUUAGAUUCCGUCGGCAUCCGCAGCCGCUUGGCGUUGCAGAAGUUCUCUCACCAUCAUCGCCGCGGGAACCGCUUCUCCAGUCGAAGAAUCCGGGCGGCCGCCGCCGAGCAUUCGUAAGGUCAAACUCUCCAAUUCUCGGAGGCGCGACUCGAGUUCCUACUCGGCCAGACAAUCCGCCGUCGUUGAGGUUGAAAAAUCCGCCGACUUGGAAUCUGCCCUCCAAAGGUCAGUUCUAUCUGUUCAAAAAUCUAUUGAAUUGGAGUAAGUGACUGUGCUGAACAGUUCAAUUUUGGGCUACUGAAUGGUUUGAAAGAGUUUCCUUGCUAAAUCUCGCAGAUUAGGAGGGGUUUUGAAGGUGCAAGACUUAAAAUGUCAUUUUACGGAGUCUUGGAAAGCAAAACAGAUGGAGAGACCUUUCUCUGGUGCCGGAGCUAAAAAAAACCUUGAUGAACAAAAGCUUACUGAUUAUUCUUUUCGUUUGUUCCUGUCACUCAUUUUAACUUUUGGGGUUUGAUGCAGCUGUUCGAUUGGAUGGAAAAGCAGGGGAAGGUUUCUGUUGCGUCCUAUAGCAGUUAAAUCAAGUUCAUGGGGAAGAGUCUUAACCCCACGAAGGCACUGGAAAUCUAUAGAGGGAUACCAGAUGAAUCAACAAAGAGUAAUGUCAUCGUCUGCAAUUCCGUUCUUAGUUGCCUAGUUAGGAGUGGCAAGUUCGACAGCAGCAUCAAGUUGUUCCAUGAGAGGAAGCACAGUGGUUUAACACCUGAUGCCAUCACAUAUAGCGCAUUACUAGCAGGUUGUGUCAAAGUGAAAGAUAGCUGUGAUACAGCAUUGGAUCUGGUUCAGGAACUGAAUUAUAGAAGGUUGAAGAUGGACCGUGUAAUGCAUGGGACGGUACUGGCUGUCUGUGCUUCAAAUAAUCGAUGUGAAGAAGCAGAAAGCUAUUUCAACCAGAUGAAGGUUGGGGUCAUUCAGCUAAUGAGUUUCAUUACAGCUCUUUAAUGAAUGCCUACUCUUCUGGCGGAGACUACAAGAAAGCUGAGUGGCUGGUUCAAGAUAUGAAAUCUUCAGGGCUUGAACCAGAUAAGGUCGUUCUCCUAUUUAUCUCACCAUUUCAACUAGCUUUCAGAGUGAUAUUAGCUUUUCUUUGUGCUUCUUUCUGUUAAAAGCACACAAUUGGCAUGCUUGUGAUCCAUCAUAUUUUGUCCUUUGGUUGCUACAAGAUAAUAUCCCUAUAGGUCUCUGCUUCAUGGGUUGUAGUGCAAACAGUUGUUCCUGAUUAUUUUAUUGAAAUCGUAGGCAGGUAAUAUAACAACAUUACUAAAGGUGUACGUGAGAGGAGGCUUGUUUAAGAAGUCCAGGGAACUAUUGUCUCAAUUGGAAUCCUUGGGUUAUGCAAAAGAUGAGGUAAGUUCUAUUAUGUCAAUCUUUCAUUUUUCCCAGUCUCCUGGACUAUUGUAUCUUAAAAUAGCUAUAGCAUAGAGAAUCUCUAUUAACCCGCGUUACAAGUUUGACUCGAAGUUUUUAAUUUUGCAGGGACUAUUUGAAACGGCUAUAUCGUGAUAUAUUGCAGAACCUGAAAAGAAAGACCUACUUAUCCA